AUGAACCAUGAAGUAAAGAAAUUAAAGUCGGAUGUAAUCGACACCGUGGAAUCCCAUACAUCGGAAACAUCAUCAAUUGAUAAACGUUCUCCAAGAAAACUGAGUACGCUCUGUAUCUGUUAUGUUGCUGCUAAUUUACACCUGGUUGAAUCAUUGUUAUAUUUCCCUGAUGUCGUAGGAGUAGAAAUCUUCAACGAAGCGUUGAAGCUCAGGGAAUUUAAAGGCAGGGACAAGGAAUGUUUACUGAAAUUAAAACUAUUUUGUGAAGCUUAUGAGAAUUUGAUGCUGAUAAGUUUGAGUCUACCUGGCAGUCAUCUUUGUCUGAAUAAUUAUUUUGAACAUUUAUCGUUGUUUGAACAUUUAGAAGAACUUGAUGUGUCGUCAAAUGGAUUAGGAGAUGAUCACGAUGUUUUACAUCACAUUUCACAUCUGAAAUGGUUGAGGACAUUAUGUUUAAGAAACAACUGUUUGAGUAAUGAUGGAUUACGAAAAUUAACAUCACCCUUACGAAUGUUACAUCAAGGACCAUUAGAUUUACACAACCUAGAUUUAACUGAAAAUCCUGAAAUAUCAUCUAAAGGUGUGAAAUAUUUAAAAUGUUUCCAGAAUUUACAGAUUUUAAUCUUAUCAUCCUAUAUUUCAACUCAGUUAGCGAUAGCUUGA